AUGAUCCUGAAGGAUACAUCUGGGGUUGUUCAACCCUUAAGAGCUUCUGGUAAGUUUCCCGUUGUCUCUUCUGAUUAUGUUUUUGUUCCAUCUAUAAUCUUACCACCUACACCAUCAUCUCAACCUAACGUUUCUGAACCACUUCCAUUACCCACACCAGAUAUAACUCCACCUAUUUUAACACAUGUUAUCAAUAUACCACCACCACAAUCUACUCAAACCAUAGCAACAUCUAUCACAGAAACUUUUAUAGUUUCUGUUCCUAUUUUAGAACAACCAUUGAUACCACCUCCAUCAUCUACUCCACAAUUACAAACUACACCCAUUUCACCACCAUUAAUUGUUUCUGCUCCCCAACCAACUAAUCCAAAUGUUACACCACCUAGAAUAUCUUCUGCAAUGAGUGUCUCUAACAGACAUGUUUCUGAAGGAACUCCUGAAGAAAUGUUCGACUAUGAACUAGAAAUCACCUCACCAGAAUCGCCCCCCCCCCCUUCAUUCUACCCUCUCAUCCCUCCGUCUUUGGUCCUGCCUUUGACGAGUCCAGAAUCAAUCUCACCAUUAAAUAUCCUAAAAUCCAAACACCAUCCUCUUCUGACCUUGGUAAGAUUCUAA